GCAGUACGGGCAGGCGGCGGGGGGAGAGGAGCUGUCAGGCGGCUCAGACGCUUUUAUUAAUGAGGGGUACGUCACGGUUAUGAAGGACCUGUCAACAUGUUUGUUAUCUCCGCUGCAUGGCUCAACCAGUCGGACGAGUGGGAUGAACUGAAUGUGCGUCGGUUACCUGCGAGCUUUUCAUUCUCUUGCCAGUUGUCAGUCAAGUCGGUGCGCUGCCAUCAUGAGAGCGGUGUCGUUCAGGCGCUCAGCCCUCAUACUGGUGGGGAUUGGGCUCGUCCUCUGCGCCAGUAUCGCUCUGAUGAGAAGACCCGAGGACACAGCGGUGGUCGAUAAAGCGCCGGACACAUCACGUCGGAGCAGGAGCUUUUCUGAUCUGGAGGACAGUAUCGACAGUCUCUAUAAUGUAAUCAAAACUUUUGGCAAAAAACAAGAAGCCAUGCAGAAAAUGAUGGAAGAGGAAAGAGAGGAACACAGAAAAGCUGCAGAACAGCCACCAGCUAAAAAGGAACCAGAGCAGAAAGAAAAACCUGAAGCAGCGGCCCAGGAGCAAAAGGAGGCGCCCAAAGAGGAAAAGUCCAAUAAACUGUUCCCCAAAUCUCCCCUGUUCAAGGACUGGGGGGAGAAUCUGUCUGAGGAAGAACAAAAAGAGGCAGAGGGUUUGUUUCAGAAGUAUGGAUACAAUGUUUUUCUGAGCGAUCGCCUUCCUCUCGAUCGAGUUCUUCCAGAUACCAGAGAUCCAAGGUGUUUGAAAAAGAGUUACCCGAAGGACCUGCCGAGUGUCGGAGUGGUGCUGAUCUACCUGAACGAGGCCCUGUCUAUCAUCAAAAGAGCCAUGCGCAGCAUCAUCGACCGCACCCCUAAAAACCUGCUGAAGGAGAUAAUAAUGGUGGAUGACAAUAGCUCUAAUGAGGACCUGAAGGGGGACCUUGACAUUUACGUGAAGAUGCUUGAGGAGCAGAAUCCAGAUCUGCGCAUUACAAGAGUGAGGCACGACGAGCAGAAAGGCCUCGCUUUCGCCAGGGCCUCUGGAUGGAGGGCUGCUACUGCGGACGUGGUGGCCAUCCUGGACGCACACAUCGAAGUCCAUGAGAUGUGGGUCGAACCUAUGCUGACACAGAUCAAAGCUGACCGAACCACGGUGGUUUCUCCUGUGUUUGACAGAGUCAACUUUGAUGACCUCAAGGUUAUUGAAUACCUUCCAGCAGCGCACGCCUUCGACUGGGCUUUAUGGUGCAUGUAUGAGGGGUUUACACCUGAAUAUUACAAACUCAUGGACGGCUCACUGCCUGGAAAGAGUCCAUCCGUCAUGGGAAUCCUCGUUGCUGAAAGGAAGUUUCUCGGAGAAAUUGGACUUCUUGAUGAAGGAAUGAAAGUGUACGGCGGAGAAAAUGUUGAGCUGGGAAUUCGUGUGUGGACAUGUGGAGGCAGUGUUGAAAUAGUUCCGUGCUCCAAGAUUGCCCACAUCGAAAGGUACCACAAGCCCUACAUGCCCGACCUGGGCCCUGCCAUGAAGAGAAACGCCCUGAGGGUAGCAGAAGUCUGGAUGGAUGAAUACAAACACAACGUCAACCUAGCCUGGAACUUGCCAUUUGAGAAUCAUGGAAUUGACAUUGGGGAUGUCUCUGAGAGAAAAAAACUCAGAGAGACUUUGAACUGUAAACCUUUCAAAUGGUACCUGGAAAAUGUGUAUCCCAAGUUAGAUCCCUGGGACGACCUACUUGGCUAUGGAGGAAUGAAGAAUCUUGAUGCUGGGAUGUGUCUAGACCAAGGCCCACAACCAGGUCACACACCCAUCGCCUUCCAUUGCUACUUCUAUGGACCUCAGCACACUUAUUACCGUGCAACUGGUGAGCUCUACAUCGGCGGCAUCAAGUCCCACAAAUAUAAUGACAACCGCUGCGUAACUGACAUGGGCAAUAAAGAAACCGAGCCUGGUCUUUUCAACUGCAAAGAGGCCAUGCAGAAAGGAAUGGGGAUUUACUGGGACUUCACUCAGGGCAAAGAACUGAAGAACAAAGUGACAAAAAGAUGCCUGGAGAUAAAAGACAAAAAACUUAUAGUACAGGAAUGCUCUGGCCAAAGAUGGGAAAUCCAAAAUGUUAUCAAAACUUUUUAAAGUGUUUUUGUGUGUGGAGCCAACAAGAAGUGCACUUUUCUGCUCAUAGGUCAGUAGAUAGUAACACCUGGAUGUGUGAAAGGCUGAGACUCCUAUGAUUAUUUACAUCUACUCUAUAUAAGAUGGAAAUAUUGAGAGAUUGAUUUUAAAAAUGUUAUGGAUAAUUUAUUGAUUUCCCCUCAAAUCAUCAUUUGGGAAACAUCUUAUGAAUGCACAAUACAGUUGCACAUAAUUGUUAUUUGUACAUUUUAUUACAGUUGCAUAAUAACUUUUAAUUCUACUUUUUAAAAGAUUUCGUCUUCUAGCAAUUUGGGAAUAACAAUCAGAUCACUGGAUCUGAUAGAUAAAAAAGACACUAGAACCAGGAGUCUGCUUUUCAUACAUCACUGAAUUUAUCCAGGCUCUAAUCUGUUAUAUUUCAGUUGUUUAUCCAGGAAAUCUCUUGGUGGCUUUUGGGCCUUUGGAUUCAAACUCACUCCUGUUUCAAACAAAAGAGGGUUGAGUGGAGUAGAGCAUUACUUUCAGUAUGUUAGCUGUUCCUCUAGAUUACUAUACUGGCACUGUGUGGGACCACACUGACACACAGCAUCUUACCUCAGGCUGGGUAUAAAGGACAUACCCACUAUUUUGCUACUUAUUGCAUAAUGCAAGUUGAUUCUCAUUCCACCCAUAAUUAUUUCCACUUAAAGACACUAAUUAUAUUCAAUCCUUUGAUAAAAGGUAUUGCACAUCUAGCCUAGACUUUCUUAUGUUAAAUCCUAGGGCACAGCAAAAGUUACAAGUUUAAGCUUUGCUAUUUCAAGAUACAAUAUGUAAGAAACCUAUCAUCAAAGUAACCACUAACUGCUAUUAACUUUAGCUGGAAUUAGUAGAUGAUUGAUGAUCUUACAUAUUGUCCCAUUAAACAUAGUUUUGUCUACACAGAAUUUUCCCCAUUGCAGCAAUGAGAAAUGCUGUCAGUAUGAUGCGUACAAGCACAUGAAAUGUAACAGUUGCCCAACUAUGCAAAUGUUGCUACUUUUAGAAGUAAUACUUUGCUGCUGUUAGGUAAAUUUGUUUAUGUAAACUACUUGUACAUUAGUAAGCCCUACCAUCUGUUACAGAAGUAACCUUCAAGCAGAGACAGACACAUAUGUGUUUUUAUUAUGUAUUGUUCACGUAGGAUUACACUUUUUAAAUAUUUCAUUAUCCAGGCUUGUGUCAGAUGCACAUUAACUUAUUUGUUAAAUAUAACUAUCCAUGUGAACUUGAAAAUAACUUUGUUCUUUAUCUUUGGUUUUUUAAUAUAAAUUAUAGCAAGACAUCUAAUCGCUGAUCGGACAUUCCUGUGCAAUUUUUGGACUAUAAAAAAGGUCAUUCUUUUCUCUUGGAUAUUAAGUUUGAGAAUCUUUUUAAAGAGUUAGUAAUGGGUGGUUGGUCAGUGUCCUGGUAUUAAUGGCUAACACAUUUUUCUACUUAUGUAGAAUGACCUGUUUAGGGACUGUGAUGUUUUAAAGUGUGUGUGCUGUGUAAUAUUUUAUUAUUUCAGUGUACAAAGGAACUCUGUGUUUUCUAAAACCUUGUUGAACCAUACAAUAUAAGAACCAUCCACCUUUGUAUCUCCUGGAGAGCUUGGGCUAUGUUAUAUUUUUAGUAAACAUUGUUUUUAUAACCAUUUUGAAAUAAACCUGUCAAACUGGAUGUUGGAAUUUGUCUUGUCUAGCAUCUCCAGAAGCUGGAUAAUUAAAAUAAACAACAUGCAUUCCACAGCGGAGGGAGUGUUAAAAGAAGUUCUCUGUUUAGCAUUCCAAACAAAAGCUGGCUUUGACAAGUAAUUGCUGCCAAGACAAUGCACUGACAGAUGUGUGUACCACAUAUGCCAGCUCAUUCUUGAGCAAAUCUCUUGUCCUUUACAUUUGUUGACAAAGCUGGUGUAACGUAUGCAUGCUGUAUGGAAAGGCAUAAAGUGUCUCUCUUGGCAGAUCCAGGAGUUCAGCAGGUUAAAAUACAUUUCCCUAGUAACCAGUUAGUUGUGCUGUAAAACUAAGCUGGAAAGUGCUGUUAAAGGGCAAGUCAUGCAUGUGAUCACUACUUUUUUAAAGGGACAUAAAGAAACCAACAGCAUUUUUUCCAACAGCUUUAAGAACCUUGAUCCCUAAUGGUGAAAUUUAUGAAUUGCAUCAUGGUCCCAUUUUUUUUUUUUAUAAACAAAACUUAAGUGAGGUUUAAAUGUUAUAAUUAAAAU